AUGUUGCAAGCGAUUCGAUACAACCAGGGUACCCUGGAAAUUCUGGACCAGCUCCAAUUGCCAUUUGUGGAGAAGUUUAUUCCCAUCCAGUCAACAGAGGAUGGGUGGCAUGCUAUCAAGGAUAUGAAGGUGCGGGGUGCCCCCGCCAUUGCCAUUGUGGCAAUGCUGUCCCUUGCUGCAGAGCUCCAUACCCUUAGUGCUGCAAGCAAGGUUCCAGAGUCACCAGAGGAGACCCAGGCUUUGAUUAUCUCGAAACUGAACUACUUGGUGACCAGCCGGCCCACUGCUGUCAACUUGAGUGAUGCUGCUCGCAAGCUGGAGGCUUUGGUGACCGGUCAGAGCAAAGAAGCCGGCGCGACUGGUCUGGGAUUGGUAGCAGCAUUUAACCAAGCCGCCGAACACAUGCUGGGGAAGGAUCUCGAAGAUAACCAGCGCAUUGGACACCACGGAGCUGAAUGGAUCAAAGCCCACGCAACCAAGACUGGAGAUGUGGCCGUCCUGACCCACUGUAACACAGGAUCUCUGGCUACCUCUGGCUACGGCACGGCGUUGGGUGUUAUUCGCUCACUCUCAUCUAUGAAUGUCUUACGGCGGGCUUACUGUACGGAAACGAGACCCUACAACCAAGGGUCUCGUCUGACGGCAUUUGAACUGGUGCAUGAUAAUAUUCCUGCCACGCUAAUCACAGACUCUAUGACAGCCGCGUUACUUGCAGACAAGAGCGUAGGCGUGAAUGCUAUUGUGGUUGGAGCAGACCGAGUGGCCGCCAACGGAGACACGGCUAAUAAGAUCGGCACAUACGGCCUCGCUGUUUUGGCGAAGUACCAUGGUGUCAAGUUCCUGGUCGCAGCACCCCUCACAACCAUCGAUCUGGCGACCAAGUCCGGUAGCGAUAUCCUCAUCGAGCAACGGCCGGCAUCCGAGGUGACGAGUAUUAAGGGUCCCCGAGAUGGAGCGAAGGAUGCGGACGGUGUGGUUCUCGAGACUGUUCGAAUCGCUGCACCUGGUAUCGGUGUUUGGAACCCUGCGUUUGACAUCACUCCAUCGGCUCUGAUCGACGGAAUUAUCACGGAAGUGGGCGUGGUAGAGAAAGGCCCUGACGGCGAAUUCGACAUGGCCAAAGUUUUCAAUUAA